ACAUAUCCCUCAAAUAUUCAACUUAAACCCCUAUACGCCUUCAGGGGUUUAUGUUUAUGUUUCGGUAUAUUUUCUCUAGAUCUUGUUCUGCCAUGCUUUGAACCCUGUGAUUGAGGGAGAAUUGUCUUGCGGAGAAGCGCCUUAUAAUACUAGUUGACGGAGAGCGGAGGAGGAAGAAAAAUAUGGGUUCACUAAUACCGGAAACUGCCCAGAAGCUAUUCACCGCAGAAGGGCUUAAAGAAGCAGCUAAGCAAUCUAUGGGUAUUCUUCCCAUACCUCGUCGCCUCCAGAAAGCUAUUGAGAAUUUUCUUCAAGAACAGGAAAAGCAAAAUAUGAAGAAAAAAGUAAUGAAAUUGUCUGAGACCAUGAAGGAAUUUCAGAAUGUUAGCCGGCAACUGGAGUCUGGAGCUGGUCCUAAAGCUUUUCAAGACAUUGUUGAUACAAAUAAUCGUUCAAGACGAUGGAAACUAAAGACUUUGCAAGAAGAUAUAGGCCUCAGGUACAAAGAUGAUGAGGCACUUGCCUAUGUGGCAGCUCGAAUGCCUGCUGUGUAUUCUGCUGCACACCGAGUUCUGAGAGAGGUUGCUCGAAGACUACCAAACUUCUCUCCAACAAAAGUAUUGGAUUUCGGUUCUGGUCCUGGUUCAGUUUUGUGGUCUUUACGAUCUCUUUGGUCUCAUUCAAUUACAAAUGUAAACCUGGUGGAACCAUCCAAAGCAAUGUCGUAUGUCAACAGGAAUCUGUUACGAGAUGUGAAGGGAUUGCCUGUAAUUAACAGCUACGAGAAUAUCCAAGCAUUGUCUCAACACAGUAACAAAAGUGAGCGGGAUCAUGACCUUGUCAUUGCUUCAUAUGUACUUGGAGAGAUACCAUCAUUGAGGGAACGCAUCACAGUUGCUCGACAACUUUGGAGCCUCACUCAUGAUAUUCUGGUACUGAUUGAACCUGGGACUCCAGAAGGGUCAAGCACCAUCCGUCAAAUUAGAUCUCACAUUCUAUGGAUGGAGAAAAAGAAAUGCAGAAAGGGGGCAAUUGCUUCCACAGAAGCUUCAAAAGAUCAAGAAAGCACAAAAGAUAGCUCAGUGUCCUCACAAACUGGUGCAUUUGUAGUUGCUCCUUGUGGACAUGAUGGAGUAUGUCCAAUGGAUAAAACGGGGACAUAUUGCCACUUUGUUCAACGCUUGGAAAGAACCCACUCACAACGCACAUACAAGAGGUCAAAAGGUAAGUUGCGUGGUUAUGAGGAUGAAAAAUUCUCCUUCGUUGUUCUAAGACGUGGGCAACGACCAAAGUCAGCGUGGCCCCUUGAUGGAAUGAAAUUUGACACUUUGAAGGAGCAACAUGCAAAGCGCAAUCCAGAAGAUUUGGUCAUUGAUUAUGAGGACCAGUUUGAGUCUGAACCAGAGUAUGUAACAUCUGAUGAUGAUACAGAUGUCAGUCAUGCUUCUGAUACCACUGAAGCAGAAGAUUUCUACGAGGGAGAAAAGGACAGACCUGUUGCUGAUCUUGGGAGUGGAUGGGGUAGGAUCAUAUUUUCUCCUGUGAGAAGGGGCAAACAUAUCACUAUGGAUAUCUGCCAUGCCACAAAAAGAGAUGGAUCAGAAGGCUCUCUCGACCGUGUAGUUAUUUCUAAAAGCAAAAACCCAACUCUUCACCAUCAAGCUCACAGAUCUUUUUGGGGUGAUUUGUGGCCAUUCUAAAGGAGGUUCAAUCAGAUAUGUGCACAGGACAAUCUCUUAUUUUAAAGGACAGCCUGCGGUUAUUUUCUCCUCUUGCUCUUGUUACAGAUAGGAAAGUCCCUGAAUCCAUGAUCUUAAACAAAAAUGGCUUUACAUCUUUGACCCACAUGUCACAAAUUUGUUUGAGUUAAUAAUCAUCCAAUUGGUUUUUACAGCUCAUGUAUUCUAGCUUACUUUUGUGUAUAACAUUCUUCACUGAAUCUGUGAAACAUCAGAUUAUUAUAUAUGAUUUGCCAACUA